AUGGUAGAGUUGUGCUUUGUACUGGACCUACGGAGCUUGCCACCUCCAUUUCUCAGAGACCUAAAGCUGUCGCUGUUGCAGCUCGCGAAUCUUUAUGCCAUUUCGUCGACCCCGUCUUGGCGCAGAACGGAGUCGCUCAGAGAUCGCAUAGGCCUUUGCUACGUCUUUCAAAAUCCGAUUUCCUUGUCUGAUGAGCUGAAGAUCGUAUACACGCCGAGUCCAAGCGGAAGCUUCAAUCUACGUGACUUCCACCAUGCCGUUAACAAUUUGCCUGCUCAUGGCUUUCAGCCUCAGAUUGACGAUUCUGAUGUGAAACUUUCCACGGUCCUGAACGAUCAAGUUUUGUACCAGUGGGAGGGUAGAGAUAUCAUGAGAAAAGUGAUUGUGCUAACCUCCUGCUUACCUCGAGAUGUGGACUGGAUCAUGCAAAACACUCUCAUGGCUGCAGCGGAUAAGUGUGUUUCGGUGGAUUUUCUACUAUUUGAACAGAAAUCAUCCCACCUCAGUAAUACCAAAGAGAAUAUCAACAAUUUUCAAACAUGUAUAUCUGAUCUUGAUAAUUGCUCCUUUCAAGCAUAUCUCCCAGAUGUCAAAGUACUGCAUGGCCUGGUAAACCGAUGGUUGCAGGAUUUAAAAGAUGACAUGGAAGAACCACUACAAGCUCGUUUUAACUUCAAGAACAAUCUUGUGGGCUCUGUGAACCAGAUAUUCUGCAACUUGUACAUAUCAGUCAAUCCAAAUAUCGAUGUUUUCUAUCCCUGUCAGGCAUGCAGAUGUCAUGGCAUUUCUCUGGAAGAUGCUGUUAGAAAUAGAGCCGAGGGACCUUCUUGUCCAGUCACAGGCUGUAAUCUUGAGACAUGUGAUGUGAUUGAAAAUUCUGUGAAAGUUGGAGAAAAAACAAUCCUUUUACUGCCCUCAUUUCCAAACUCUAUGAAGCUCAAGCGUGCUUCUUUGCCACUUGACUUCAAUGUCAUUGAGAGGACUAACUUGGGGUCUCUAAGUGAAGGUGUUAUAAUGGGUGCUUCCUAUGUUGUGAUUCCAUCAACUUGUAAUGAGAUAGAAACUACUCCAGAUGAGAUUGAUCAGUCAGAAUUGAAUAUUCAACUUUUCCAAGGGCUUUGCAGUGCUCUACAGUCACUGGACCAGUGUUUGGUAUGUUCUUCAAAUUGUAGUAUAGAAACUAUGAGGCAGGCCACUUUGCACAGUUAUUAUAUUCUUCAACCUUCAGACAACGGGCCAAUGCUUCUCAGGCCCGUUGCAGGAUCAGAGGAAGUUUUGCAUGUUCCUGAUCUCAAUCAAUUAACUAUUUCUUCAGUAAGGAAGGAGAUUGAGAACUCCAUUAAAGACUCUUUGUCAAAGGUUGAUGUAAGAGACUAUAAUCCGAUGCUGCAUGAGAGGGGCUUCCAUCAGAAAUUAAACUUGCUUGUAAAAGAGAGCUUACAGUUUGGGCCAAUAUCCCUUAUAUUUAAAGAGGAAACCUGUGAGCCAAACGCAACCCAACCAAAAUUUCCAGAGGUGAUUGUACAGCCAAAUUCAACAAAAGAUGUUGCCUUCAUCAGAGAGGAAACCUCAGAACUAGACCUAACAGCCCAAGAAGACAAAACAUCUGCUUGCAUUACAGAAGAGUGGGAGAAGCUUAUUGUCAAUGAAGUCUCUGAGAUACAUUCUCCAGUUUGCACUUCCAAACCCAAGCUAGACCACUCACUUCUUCUAUCACCACCAGAUGGUAACCGGCAGCUCGACGCCAAAACCUCAAGGAUUUUAGAGAGGCUUGAGGUGCCAAGACAGUUCAAAAGAGAAUCAGUUUCUCCAAUUCUCGCAAACACCGGCGUGAAGAAUUUUAGUGUUGAGGUAAAGAAGCCUUUGGUCGAGUCCCAGCCUAAUUGUGCUCCACACCAAUACAUGGCCACCAGCCAACUAAUGAAACCGAAUUUCCAGAGGCUAAAAAGGAAACAUAAAUAA